AUGGACCUUUGGACUUCGGUUGUGAGUGUGUUUCUACUUGGAGCGUUCCUGGGUUGUUCCGCCAGCAGCACGGUGGCUGACAGCGCGGGCAGGAAAAAGGGGUUCCAGAUCUGCAGUGUGCCCAUUCUGAUUGGCUCCAUUCUCUGUGCCAUGGCGUCCUCUCUUUCUCUGGUCGUCACCGGCCGGUUCCUGCUGGGCUUUGGAUUGGGCAUGGCCAUCCCCAUCAUGGCGCUCUACAUUCCCGAGAUCUCACCACCGCAGCAGAGAGGCACGUUUGGCGCUAUCCCCCAAGUCCUCACAUGCUCCGGCAUUCUGGCCGCCCUGCUUGCUGCCGCUCUCCUGCCCACCUCAUCGUGGCGCAUGUGCUUUUGGAUCGCUGCAGUGCCAGCAGCUCUCUUCUGCAUGGCGUGUGAAUUCCUGGUGGACAGCCCCAGGUGGCUGGCGCAGCAUGGCAAGUGGGCAGAAGCAACAGCAGCAGUAACUCAGCUACUGGGCGAGGCGAAGGUGAAAGAGACCAUGGAUGAUCUGCUCCACUCGUUUGGGGGAAGAGGCAGCAGGGCGCAUGGCGCGGGCGGCCCUCCUUUCCCUGCAGCAACUCAGCGGCCCUCCUUUCCCUGCAGCAACUCAGCGGCCCUCCUUUCCCUGCAGCAACUCAGCGGCCCUCCUUUCCCUGCAGCAACUCAGCGGCCCUCCUUUCCCUGCAGCAACUCAGCGGCCCUCCUUUCCCUGCAGCAACUCAGCGGCCCUCCUUUCCCUGCAGCAACUCAGCGGCCCUCCUUUCCCUGCAGCAACUCAGCGGCCCUCCUUUCCCUGCAGCAACUCAGCGGCCCUCCUUUCCCUGCAGCAACUCAGCGGCCCUCCUUUCCCUGCAGCAACUCAGCGGCCCUCCUUUCCCUGCAGCAACUCAGCGGCCCUCCUUUCCCUGCAGCAACUCAGCGGCCCUCCUUUCCCCGCAGCAACUCAGCGGCCCUCCUUUCCCCGCAGCAACUCAGCGGCCCUCCUUUCCCUGCAGCAACUCAGCGGCCCUCCUUUCCCUGCAGCAACUCAGCGGCCCUCCUUUCCCUGCAGCAACUCAGCGGCCCUCCUUUCCCUGCAGCAACUCAGCGGCCCUCCUUUCCCCGCAGCAACUCAGCGGCCCUCCUUUCCCCGCAGCAACUCAGCGGCCCUCCUUUCCCUGCAGCAACUCAGCGGCCCUCCUUUCCCUGCAGCAACUCAGCGGCCCUCCUUUCCCCGCAGCAACUCAGCGGCCCUCCUUUCCCUGCAGCAACUCAGCGGCCCUCCUUUCCCUGCAGCAACUCAGCGGCCCUCCUUUCCCUGCAGCAACUCAGCGGCCCUCCUUUCCCUGCAGCAACUCAGCGGCCCUCCUUUCCCUGCAGCAACUCAGCGGCCCUCCUUUCCCUGCAGCAACUCAGCGGCCCUCCUUUCCCUGCAGCAACUCAGCGGCCCUCCUUUCCCUGCAGCAACUCAGCGGCCCUCCUUUCCCCGCAGCAACUCAGCGGCCCUCCUUUCCCCGCAGCAACUCAGCGGCCCUCCUUUCCCUGCAGCAACUCAGCGGCCCUCCUUUCCCUGCAGCAACUCAGCGGCCCUCCUUUCCCUGCAGCAACUCAGCGGCCCUCCUUUCCCUGCAGCAACUCAGCGGCCCUCCUUUCCCCGCAGCAACUCAGCGGCCCUCCUUUCCCCGCAGCAACUCAGCGGCCCUCCUUUCCCUGCAGCAACUCAGCGGCCCUCCUUUCCCUGCAGCAACUCAGCGGCCCUCCUUUCCCCGCAGCAACUCAGCGGCCCUCCUUUCCCUGCAGCAACUCAGCGGCCCUCCUUUCCCUGCAGCAACUCAGCGGCCCUCCUUUCCCUGCAGCAACUCAGCGGCCCUCCUUUCCCUGCAGCAACUCAGCGGCAUCAAUGCUGUGUUCUUCUUCUCCUCUCACCUCUCAUGCUUAUCGCCCUGCCCUCCCCCCUUCUUGUCCACAACCCCCUCCAGUGGUCACCAUAGGAGCAGCCCUCUUUGCGCUCCAGCAGCUCAGCGGCAUCAAUGCCGUGUUCUUCUUCUCCUCUCACCUCUUCAAAUCGGCCGGCAUUCAGUCUGGCGCCCUGGCCAGCGUUGCCAUGGGCACACUCAACCUAGUGGCUUCUCUGGUGUGUUCUGCUCUCAUCGACCGUGUUGGGAGGAAGGCGCUCAUCACAGGAAGCUUUGUUGGUAUGGGUUUAUGCAUGGCGGUGCAGGCAGCAGCGCAGGUGCUACCAUGGAUGGCGCCUGUGGCUCCGCUCAUCACUCCCACUGCCACCCUUGUCUACGUGGCGUGUUUCACCAUGGGAGCCGGGCCUGUGCCGGGCCUGAUGCUGCCUGAGAUGCUGCCGAACCACAUCCGAGCCAAGGGCAUGGCCUUUGCCAUGUGUGUGCACUGGGUCUUCAACUUCAUGGUCGGUUUCUCCUUCCUCCCCCUGAUGGUUCGUUUCGGCCCAGCCACCCUCUUCUCAUUCUUCGCAUGCGUAUGCUUUGCCGGUGCACUCUUCACCGCCACGUCUCUUGUAGAAACAGCGGGUCGUUCUUUAGAGGAGAUAAGAGGAGCAGCUUCUGCCUCCAGCCUAGGGAGGGCAUACAUACAAGUGUUUACACAUGUUCCUACCAUAUGCUUCUACCCGUGA